AUGGCUUUUUCAAUGAAUGGUUGUAUAUCCAAACCAUCAUUUCGUAAAAGUUAUUCCAUUGAAUAUGGAUAUAAACCACGAAAACGAACAUUAAUUGCUGAUGCUGAAUUUGAUCGUGAACAACAUGAUGAAGAACAACAUAAACAUCAACAUAUAAUACACGAUGGAGAAGUAAAAGAAGAAUUCACUUAUACAAUACUAGUUACAAUUAAGGAUAAAAAAAGUGCAUCAAUGUUAAAUUUAAUUAAUACAUUUAAUCGUGAUGGACUUAAAGUACAACAUAUGGAAACACGUGCAACUGUUGUACCACCUAUUGAAACACAAUCCUCCAUGGGUCUUGAUGUUUUUAUGGAAGUUCUAUGUACGGAUAAAAUUAUGGAUGAUCUUAAACGAGAUUUAUUUCAAUCAGAUUCGAAAUUUAUUGUAAAAAAUAUCAAGCUUCAUACAAUUCCAUUAAAUAAAGAAUCAAACGAAACGAAUGAUGAAAAUGAUACAAGUGAUAUUAUUUGGUUUCCAAUGUCUAUAUGGGAACUUGAUAGAUGUCAUCAUUUACAUACAAAUUAUCAACCUGAUAUGGAUUCACGUCAUCCUGGUUUUUCUGAUAAAGCAUAUCGAGCACGACGUGAACGUAUAGCUCAGAUUGCAUUUGAUUUUCGACAUGGUGAUGCUAUACCAAGAGUAGAAUACACAUUAGAUGAAACAAAAACAUGGGGAAUUAUUUAUCGACAACUAAGUAAACUUUAUCCAACAACAGCAUGUAAACAACAUAUUCAUGUACUUGAAAUAUUAGAAAAAGAAGGUGGCUUCUCUGAAAAAUCUAUUCCACAAUUAGAAGAUGUAUCACGUUUUAUGAGAAAACGAUCUGGUUUUCAACUUCGUCCUUGUGCAGGUCUACUUUCAGCUCGAGAUUUUCUGGCAAGUUUAGCAUUUCGAGUAUUUCAAUGUACACAAUAUAUUCGGCAUCCAUCAUCACCACUUCAUUCACCUGAACCCGAUGUUGUACAUGAACUUCUUGGUCAUGUUCCGCUUCUAUCGGAUCCAAAUUUUGCUCAAUUUUCGCAAGAUAUUGGUUUAGCCUCGUUAGGUGUAAGUGAUGAUGAUAUUGUGAAACUUUCAACACUCUAUUGGUUUACUAUUGAAUUUGGCUUAUGUCGUGAAAAUGGACAGAUUAAGGCAUAUGGGGCAGGUCUUCUUUCAUCAUUUGGCGAACUUCAACAUGCAUUAUCAUCAAAGCCUCAAAUCAAACCAUUUGAACCAGAAACAACUGUUAUACAAGAAUAUCAAGAUGAAGAUUAUCAACCAAUUUAUUUCUUGGCUGAAACAUUUGAAGAUGCCAAAGAAAAAUUACGUAUUUAUGCUAAAUCAUUAAAGCGUCCAUAUGGCCUUGUCUAUGAUCCAUAUACGCAAUCAUUACGUAUUCUUGAUAGUGUUAAAGUUAUCCAUGAUAUUAGUGCCAAUCUUAAACUUGAAAUGGAUAUACUUGAACAUGCACUUGAUCGUCUUCAUACAAAUGGUAUUGAUUUUAAAAUUAUUUCAUAA